AUGUCAGAUCGAAAGGAUAGUGUAGAAACUGUACAUGAUAACAACGGAGAUAGAGUAUGCACAAAAAAGGUCAUUUUGAUUGGUGCGGUUAUUGCCAUCCUCUUGGUUAUCGUAAUCACAGUCCCAAUUGUGGUUUCAUUAAAUAGGUCUGAUCCUGCUACUAUAAAGCUAGAACUCAUACAAAGGCGAAUUAAAAUGAGAGAGGAAAUUCUGCGAAAGCAACCUAAAACACAAACUGAAUUUUAUGAACAGGCUCAGGCUUUGAAGAAGAUUCGAGAAGAGGAAUUGAAACCCAUUAUGGAUAUUGCAGACAAACUCAAGGAAGAGCUCAAACACGUCAAAACUGACUUUUUGGAUGGUGACUCAGACGAAUGUAUUGCUCUAACUGGUUCUAAAUCUUGCAUGAAAGGCACGGAAGUCAAGUACAUCACUUACUCUGAGCUCUUUUACAUCGCUGAACUUCUGGAACCAAUCGAGGACAAGGUAAAUCCAAAGUUUGAAGUACAGGUAUUCAUAAGGUUCAAACAAUAUUGUGACAAGUAUGGCAUCAACUGGGAGGACGAGGGAACAUUUAUAAAGUAUUUCUUUCUCUUCCGUAGGGAUGUCAUCAAGAUGGAAAAACAUAACAGGGACCCCUCUAAAAAGUACAAGAAAGGUUACCAUACCAGAUUAGCGGAAGACGUAAUAGUAACUGAUGAAGAGAUGAAGAAGGUAGACUAUGACGGUCUUGAUCUAUCAAAAUAUGGAGAAUUCAAACACACUCCCUUCUUCUUUGAGACGGAUGAAGCGAAAAAGGAUAAAAAGAGACAAACUAUAGAUUGGAGAGAAGGCGGAUACGUAUCAAUAAUAGAUAAUAAUAAAAAGACGAGCUUCAAAACUGGUUUUGCAUUAGUGGCUGUUGCCAUGUACAACACUUUUGUAACUAUUAGGGCCAGGAAAAGGUGGACCUUUAGUGCACAGCAACUUUUGGAUUGUAUUACUGAGUUCGAUGACAACAGAGCAGAUUUGGGAAAGGCCCUCGAGUACUUUAAAACAAAACCAAUCUGCUUUGAAACAAGGUAUCCCUUUACUGGAAAAAAAGAGUCAUGCAAGCAUGAAAACUGUAUGGGCUACAAACCCGUUAAGAAUAUUGUAAAGAUUGAUGCGGGAAAAGCUGAAGGACACCUCAAAAAGCAUGGACCAUUUUUAACCCUUUUCAAUGCACCAGAAGAUCUUCGUGUCAACUACACAGGCGGUAUUUAUGAUAAACAAGUAGGCACCGGUGACAAAUCCAUGGCAAUGGUAGUCGGUUCCGGUCAAGACGAAAGUGGAAAGAAAUACUGGAUAGCUCAACCAGCUUGGAAGACAAGUUCUAGUUGGGGUGAAGAUGGCUACUUUAGGAUCUCAGAAGAUAUAGCAAAGGGCUCAAAGGGGAUCUUUGAAAAUGCAUACGGGUUAUCCAAUGAGUAG